GCGUGUCUAGGAAUGAAACAGGAGACCGCAGGUACAAUUCCUGAGUUCACAUUUUCACAAUACCCAUCAUUUAUAACAAACCCACCAGGUUGACGCCUUGAUUGUCUUCCAAUAAGUCCCCCGAGAUGUACUGCAACGUUUGCAUCGCAGCAUUUCGCGAUCGUGCAGACGGCUUCUUGGAGUUUGGCACGCAAAUAUCCAUUGCCCAUCACAAAACAUUCCAGUCUUUGAAAGCCUCGUCCGCCGUGGGCUGCGUGAUCUGCCACUAUCUCUGGCGUGAUCUAGUGGUUGACGCAUCUUUCUCUGAAUGGGUCGAAAGCCGAAUAAAGACAGAGUUGGACCAGACUCCUGUAUGCACAAAGAUUGACUCACAUGAUCCGGAAUCUGCCGAGAGCGAGCUGUCCAACUAUGCCACCAACAUCUUGUUGUUUAAGGCGGAUGAGGGCGACGAAAAAUUGGACGUCAAAGUGAAAUUGAAUUACAUACCAAGGAAUACAGAACCAAAUGUCGCUUCCAAUUAUGGCAUCUUCUUCCUAGAUCCUGUUAGUGAUAAGACAAGCAAAUAUAGGGUCUCUGGGGAUUGUACUUGGAGUGAAUCUAGCAUUCAAAAGGCAAAGGUCUGGAUGGAAGAUUGUAUCAACAACCACAAAGCAUGUGGCAAGCCAGAUACUGGUAAUUGGGCGCCUACUCGUGUGCUUGAUCUGUACUCUUACGGUGGCGGCGAUGGAAACAUCCAGUUGGUUAUUCCUGCCGAGGAAUGCAAAGACGCUUUAGGGCCGUAUGCAGCUCUCAGCUACAUAUGGGGUGGCCAGCAAUCCAUACGACUGAGCAGCGACACGAUUGCAUCCUUUCGUCAAGGUAUCAGCGGGACUCUGUUACCCAAAACAUUCCGAGAAGCAAUCCAGGUGUGCCAGCACUUUUCCAUCCGGUACCUUUGGAUAGACGCAUUGUGCAUCCUUCAGGACAGCCACGAGGACUGGCUUUCAGAGGCAGCAAAGAUGGACAAGGUGUACGCUCACAGCCACCUCACCAUCGCGGCCGCAGCGUCACACAAUCCGGCAGAUGGUCUCUUCCGCCAUCGUGACCCGGUCUUUGUCAGCCCUGCAGAUAACCCCAUCGCCGUGGACAUCACUGGCGUCUACGAAUACUGGUCGGAUGACGAGGUGUUUAGAGAUCAGGGCUCGUCGCACGGCCAGCAAAAGCUGGCGAUGUUUUAUGCAGUCCCCAAAGACGACGGGAUCCUUCGCAGUCCCCUCACUCAGCGUGGGUGGUGCCUGCAAGAGAGGCUUCUCUCGCCGAGACUUCUGGGGUUUGGGCAGGACCAAAUCUACUGGGAAUGCACGCAAACCUCUGCAGUCGAGACGGGAUGUCCAGCGCGGACAUGGCCAAAAACAGCCACGCCAGACUUGAAGGCACGGUUUCGCAACCCUGGCGACGGUUCUUUCCUCGAGAUGGAAGAUCAAGGCAAAAGGGAUCCUUAUCUCCUCUGGGGAGAAAUAGUCGAGAUGUACUGCAGGACUCGGCUGACAAAGCAGACGGAUCGCCUCGUUGCCCUAUCGGGUCUUGUGAAGGCAUAUUCUACCUACAUAAACGAUAUAUACGUCGGUGGAAUGUGGAAAAGAAGCCUGGAAAGCGAGCUCAUGUGGUUCAAGGAGCAUGGUAUUGGGGAGGCAGCCUCGAGCACGGACUACAUCUGCCCCUCGUUUCUCUGGGCGUCCGCAUCUCUUCCCUGCAACCUCGGUAUCGAACCGAGGGUGAAACCCCGGUACCCCCUACUGUUUGAUGUUGUUGACCUGCAGUUGGUUUACGCCACAAAAGACGCGACAGGCGGUGUGACCGGCGGCCACAUGGACGUCAGAGGCACGGUGGUGGAGGUUAGACUUUCUGCUGGGACAUACAAGGGCUGGGAUGCCAUCGAUUUGAUGGACCGUGCGGGGAGGCCGAUCCAGGCUCCUACAGAGAAGAACCAUGUGUACUUUUUCUACCCGGACCGCAUGCUCACAGUCGGCGCGGGAGAAGAAAACGCCCGGCCCUUUUACCUGCUUCUCGGUGGGGAGUUUUUCGAGUAUUACGACGAUGAUCCCGCAGCACCCGGGGAAAGGUCCGGCGCAAAGGCGGCACGUCAGGCCAACCGGCACUGCAGCUGGAUCCUCCUGGAAGCAGUGGAGAAUCAGCGCGGAGUCUAUCGACGGCUGGGUAUGCUGCACACUACCCAGGGCUUUUGGGAAAAGGACGGAGAGGAAAUCGACUCUUCAUGGCACGUGGUUCACCUUAGUAGUCUGGGUGACGAAGUGCCCAAUCGUGGUAGGGAAGGAGACAAGUACAUCAUCCGCAUUGUGUGAUUUGGUAGCUCUUUGGGGGUUCGAUAGAGGAGACGGUUCUAGACAGCUGGCAGUAUAGAGAUUUCAAGACAUUCGUUCAG